AUGGUGUCCAAGGUUUUAAUAUUUGUAUUGAUAGUUGGUACUGUUAGCGCCGCCACUUGGAGAGGGAAGCCACCAGUGAAACCUGAACAUUUAGCUCACAAAGAGGGAUGUUACGUUAAGGAAAUCGACGAUGUGAUACCGUUCGGUGAAACCGUUACACCUCUUGGCUACUGCUACAGAAUCCACUGUUCUUCACAAUUAAUGGAUUACGCAUCGUGCGGUGCAGUGUUUACAGAUGAUCCAAAAUGCCACAAAACUGAAACAGAUCUGAGCAAGCCAUACCCCAGCUGUUGUCCAGACAUCAGAUGUGAUCUCGACAAUCACAUUCUUUAG